GCCGUCUCCAUGGUAUCCAAUAUGGCGGUCCACGGAAGGCACCCCAUUUUGUCCUCCAUGCCUCUACAAGUCCUCUUUUAUUUGAAUAGCUGGUAUUUUGCUGCCUUCUUCAUAGCUGAGAUUUUAAUGUUUGUUUAUAAAGGAGUGUUGCUCCCAUACCCUCAGGCAAAUCUUAUACUGGACAUUGUUCUUCUUCUUCUCUACGUUGGUCUUGAAACCCUCAGACUCUUUUACGGCUGGAAGGGAAACCUGUGUGAGCGCUCCCUGACUCUGUCCAUUAGUAUUUGUGUUCUGGUGCCCUGCACAGUACUAAGUGUCUACUAUCUGCUACUGCAGACAUUUGUUCUGCGCCUGGAAUUCAUCCUUAAUGCUGUCUUGCUCUGCUUCUACGGACUGGAGCUGAUUCUGGGUUUAAUGACAGUUUCCUCUUUUUGCAGGGCCUCUGUUUACUGAGCAUGAAGAUGAGGAACUGUUUGAUAGAUUGCUUGGAUGUUAUCAGAUUUUCGACAUUCUCAGAAACUUACAGUAAUAUAUACACCAGUCAUGGACAGUGUUUAAAAACUCCAGCAGCACUGCUGUGUCUGAUACACUUGUACCAGCACUACACUCACUAACACACCACCACCACGUGAGUGUUACUGCAGUUCUGAGAAUGAUCCAUCACUCAA